GCACGGGUCUUUCGAGGACAUUGGGCUCAGGGGCAGUCUUCAUCUCUGCCCGGUGUGCGGUGGGUCCAGCCUCGGUUAUUGUUCCAUGGCAUGUGGCCUCGGUGGGUGGACGGACGGACGGUCCAUCGUGCUGCCUGUUGUUCAGCCCUUCCGCCAAUGAGAGCCGGGCUGCCGCUGAGCCCCGCUCCAAUGAGAGCAGCCGGGUCUGGGCUCUGCUGUUCAAUCUGUGAGGAGGACAACAACCAGCUCUCAGUGUACCGGAUGGAUGUAUGUUGGCGAUGAAUGAUACUGUCGGUGCAGGUGGUGACGGUGGACAUGGGUGGUCAAGCUGAAAGUUGCUUUUGAGUUUCCUGCAACUAUUUUUAUGUAUUGAUCCACGCCUGAUCAGGCAAACUAUUUUACAGAUGAGGUGCUGCAUGGUUACAGGACGUGUGUCCUUUCACUGAGGCCACAUGUGUAUCAGAAGAGAUGGAUCGUUGUAAGCACGUGGGGCGCCUUCGCCUGGGCCACGACCAUUCUGUCCUCAACCCACAGAAAUGGCAGUGUGUGGACUGCAGCACCACCGAUUCAGUGUGGGCCUGCCUCAAGUGCUCCCACGUGGCCUGUGGACGCUUCAUGGAGGAGCACUCGCUCAAACACUUUCAGGAGUCACACCACCCACUGGUUAUGGAGGUGCGUGAGCUAGAUGUAUUCUGUUUUGCCUGUGGAGACUAUGUACUCAAUGACAACGCAGAGGGAGACCUCAAACUCCUCAGAGGGGCGCUCUCCACAGUGCGCAGCCCAGGGAGACGCUCUCUACGCUCAGCGACCGCGGGGGUUUGCCCCCCCUGGGUUGGAGACACUGGGCCAAAGCCCGCCAUGCAGCUGGCCUCUCGUCACAGGAGGAAAGCACUUCUAGGGAAGAUGCUUCGGACAUGGAUCGGUAAACACCAGGAGCUGCAGAAUGAGCGGGAAGAGAAACUUGAGGAAGCUAGAAGACAAAAAAAAGAGGUUAAAAGGAGACUCAUGGAAGAGCUUGGCGGUGUCCCACCUAGAAAGAGUGCUAGGCUUCUUACUCAGGCGCCACGUUCAGCCAUCACACUCAUUCCUCGCAAAUUUCGCGAACCUCCAGAACGCCUACCUCCUGCUUCCAAGAAGCCUUCCCUUCUUACCCUGUCCCGUAAGACUCCUCAGAAUGGCAGAGCUGCUAAACUGAGGAGGUACUACUCCUCUCACACAGUCACCCGCCGGAGACCUGCUCCAGGUGUCACUGGUCUGCGCAAUCUGGGGAACACAUGCUACAUGAACUCAAUAUUGCAAGUGCUAAGCCACCUGCAGAAAUUCAGGGAGUGUUUUCUCACUUUGGACCUGUGUGAGACUGAGGAGCUGCUGGCCAAGACCAACCAGGCCCAGGGCAUGACGGCUGUGACGGGUGUAGUCAGCAGUGGGACCGCAGCGCUGACUGGGAGCCCUCUGGGACGCGUAGGUAAGGCCGGCAGUUGUAAUUUACCCGUUGGCAAAAAAGAAAGUGCUCCUCCUACCCCGCAGGCUUCAGAGUUGGUUCAGCCUAAGGAGCCUCGCUGCUCCACCCGCCAGCAGAUGUCUCUGUGCCAUGAGUUACACACACUUUUCAGGGUCAUGUGGUCAGGCCGGUGGUCCUUAGUGUCUCCAUUCGCCAUGCUGCACUCGGUGUGGAACCUCAUCCCAGCUUUCCGGGGCUACGACCAGCAGGACGCCCAGGAGUUCCUGUGCGAGCUGCUGGACAAGGUGCAGCAGGAGCUGGACACAGAGGGCUCCAAACGCAGGAUAGUGAUCCCCAUCACAAAGAGGAAACUAUCCAAGCAAGUGCUAAAGGUUCUUAACACCAUCUUCCAUGGGCAGCUACUCAGCCAGGUGACGUGUCUGUCCUGUAAGCACAAGUCUAACACAGUGGAGCCAUUUUGGGAUUUGUCUUUGGAGUUUCCAGAGCGAUACCACAGCAUAGACAAAAGCUCAGGCUCUACAGCUUACCAGCGCAGCUGCACCCUCAUUGAGAUGUUGUCCAAGUUUACCGAGAUGGAGGCUCUCGAAGGCAGCAUCUAUGCCUGCAACCACUGCAACAAAAGAAGGCGGAAAACAUCCCACAAACCCUUAGUUCUGUCAGAGGCUCGUAAGCAGCUUCUGAUCUACCGGUUACCUCAGGUUCUACGGCUGCACCUCAAACGCUUCAGAUGGUCGGGGAGAAACCAUAGGGAGAAAAUCGGCGUCCAUGUGGCCUUCGACCAGGUUCUGAACAUCAAACCGUACUGCUGCACAGGCUCAGGUCACCCCGUCCACAGAGGAGGCUACACCUACGAUCUGUCUGCUGUUGUUAUGCACCAUGGGAAAGGCUUUGGCUCAGGGCACUACACCGCAUACUGCUACAACACAGAAGGAGGUUUCUGGGUCCACUGUAAUGACUCUGAGAUGAAGGUGUGCAGUGUGGAGGAGGUGUGCAACACUCAGGCCUAUAUUCUCUUCUAUACCCAGAGGUCUGCCUAGGUACCUCUCGCUGUGAUGUCGACCUGUAUCGGGCAACUUCAGGCUGCAUUUAUGAACAUGUUCUCUGAAGUUUCCCAGAUGACAUUUAACAAUCACUUUGAAGUAAAUUACCAAAAGAAAAAGAUAGUAAUGGGGGCACUAGGACAGCCACAAUUAUGUUUAGGAGUAAAGGUGAAAAUUGAAGCAUCCAGAUGAGAAAGACACUGUAAUAAAGAUAAGCAAGGAAAAUCCUUGAAAUUAGAAACAUUUAAAUUAAAUGUU